UUACUCAUUCCGUCCGGGUACAGCGGAUGCCAGCCGAUCCAAGGCGCUCCGCUUCUGCUAUUCUUUUAUGUGUGUGUGCGAGCACACUCCGUGCCAGUUUAUCGGACCGGUUUAUUUCGAGCAACGUUACAACUGCAUCAGCUGCGCUUUCAUCAAAGGCUUUGCAUCAUAGGGAAUUAUUGGUGUAGACCGGCGUAAUUACACCAUCUUUGCACUUCUGUGGGUAUCAUCAGAUGUUUUUCACGAUUUGGUGCAAUCAGACGAUUAAUCGGGUGCAGCCGUGCGGAGAAAUUAUGCAUUGAGGACGGGCUGCUGUGCGGUCAUAUCUUCCGAGCUUCAUUACGCGCAUCUCGAUCGGGAGAACUGUAAAUAUUUCGUACCGAAAAACGCAAUGGCGACUCUUUUGCGCAAAAUCGGCCUCAUUCGCCUGCACGACCGCGAUACGGAGGACCCGAAGCAUCACCACCAGGGCUCACUGAAAGGGACUAAAGGGAGUCAGAAAAACAACACGAAGCACUGCAACGCCAGCAACGAGACCAACAACAUCCUCAGCACGCCAGAAAUCAAAGCCAAGCGCUUCGACGUGUCCGGUAAGGACAAGGCGGUCGCCAAACAGGACAAACCGAGCAAGGACGCGAAGGAGAAACAGCAAACGGGGGGUAGCAAAUCGACGAGCGCAUCCAUGAUGCCUCCGCUCGCGGCGAACCGACAGCACUGCACCCAGGUGCGGACGCGGAGACUGAUGAAGGAGCUGCAGGAGAUCCGGCGGCUAGGUGAUAACUUUAUAACGGUGGAGCUGGCGGACGAUAACCUCUAUGACUGGAACGUCAAGCUGCACCAGGUGGACAAGGACUCGGCGCUGUGGCAGGACAUGAAGGAGACCAACACCGAGUACAUACUGCUGAAUGUCACCUUCCCCGACAAUUUCCCCUUCUCUCCGCCGUUCAUGCGCGUCCUCACGCCGCGGCUGGAGAACGGAUACGUGCUGGACGGCGGCGCGAUCUGCAUGGAGUUAUUAACGCCCCGCGGCUGGUCGAGCGCGUACACCGUCGAGGCCGUGAUGAGGCAGUUCGCUGCCAGUCUGGUCAAAGGACAGGGCCGCAUCUGCAGGAAAGCAGGCAAGUCUAAGAAGGCCUUUAGUCGCAAGGAAGCCGAGGCCACCUUCAAGAGCCUUGUGAAGACCCACGAGAAGUACGGCUGGGUUUCCCCGCCCGUGUCUGACGGCUGAUGUCAGCACCUUCCUCGGCGAUCCUGACAUGGCUAUUUUAGUUGGGUUAUCUUCUUUCUUCAUCAUCAAACUUAACCAUGCGAACAAAACAAAUGCUACCGCGUCAUAUCUCGCACAUCUCGGAACAUUCACAGUCCCGUCGCCUUGACCGUUCUUCACACUUCAUCAAGGUGCCAUGGACACUGGCUGUGACAUCACAAUUGCUGGCUGUGACAUCACAAUUACUCAUUAGUGGGCAUCAUUACGGCUACACGCAGCUGAGGAAUUUGGAACGACGCUCCAAGCAAAGUGAAAUGUGCGCCAAUUCCACAACCAUACUGUCUACCUGUCUGUAUGUUUCCUUCUCUUUCCUCUUCCCCGUCCCGGCCAUCUUUUUUUCCUUUAAUAGCUGACAAUGCAUCGCACUGAACAGCGUCAGACUUGCCCCCAUUUACAUGCAAAUGACUUUGUUAAUACUUAAUAGAUUGGCAGAUCAUUACAGUACAUUCGAGGUUCCGUUGUUCUCGUUUCCUCCUCUUUGGCUGUUGUUUUUCACGGUUGGAUGCAACAUGAUGAUUGUAAUUUAUGUAGAGCUGUGCUCUUCUCUUUCUCUCUAUUACUCUAUGCGUGUGGCAAAACGUAGACAUCACUGUGUUGCGUAGAUGGUCAUCGAUUUCCAAUGGAGAAAAAACUACUAUUGUUGCUUACGCAGAGGUCCAAGAUAAAAAAAAAUGUGGUAGUGAUCCGCCUCUGUUGGUCGUUCUAUUAUUUGUUUUCGGAGAAGACCAAAAGCUCUUAAUUCUGAUGAUUUAGAUACCAGAUGGCGAAUGUCGACGUCCCAAUGGGAUAUUCAUGUACUGGCGAGAGAGUCACGGUUAGCAUGUGACAUGUACGGCGAUGUUUGCACACGGGGUUAAUAUGAAAUCUUUUAUUCGUCCCCGUGGGGCACUUAACCUCGAAACAAAGCCGAAAAUGAGCGGACUGAGCUCUUUGUUAGCGCCAGCAUAAGGACAUCACUAACUUGGCAGGCUGAAUGUCACAGCUGAUGGCCUGAGAGCCAAAACCUACCAAACAUCCACACAAACACAAAUGUGUUGUUUUACUUCAAUACUAUUUUGGCUCAUAUAUCGAUUUUUCAAACCUUGCUCCGACUUUGCAUAAGUGCUGUUGUGCGUUUAAACAACACUGGAGUCAAACAGUGGUGACAAAAUGGCCGACAAAAACCAUGAUAAGAUCUCCUAUACGUUGCAUCGUUUCAACUGCAUUCUGAGAAAAUGGACUCUCGAGCGGGUCAGUGCGUACCUGGUACAGACACUGUCGAUAAAAGCCAGAAGAAGACAGACAGAGAAAGAGCGAGAGAGAAACGAGGGGGGUUCUUUGUUCAGCAGCCUUGAGGAAUGAGGGCGGCCCGUUUAGUCACCUGAUUGAUGUUCUGAGAGCCGCAGUCCGACGCCUUGAUGUUUAUUGACUUCUCCUUCAAAUGUCAGCGUGAAUCUGAAACAGCACAGGACUGCAUCUUGAGAGCGUAGAGAUAUAGGAGCUCUGUUGAUUUUAGACUCCACCUAUGGUGCUUUCCAUGCUAUAUAAAUGAUAGGAUAGAUCGAGAGGGAAGAUCAUGUUUUAACAUAAUAGGUGUGUUAAAGGAAUAGUUGAAACAAACGAAGAACGUCGUAUUGUUUACCGACCCUCAUGGCGUUCUAAUUCUAUAUGAUUUUCUGUCUUCGAUAGAACACACACGCACAAAAAAUACGUUAAAGACUACUGAGUACCUUGUCUGUAUAAUGAAAGCGAAUGGGGGCUGGGGAUGUCAAGCUAAAUAUUAGCAUUAGCAUCUCCUUUUGGAACAACAUCACGGCAAGUAAAUAAUUAUACGAUUUCAUUUUUCUUCAGAGUGAUCGUUUUGAACUUGAAUAAAUAAGAUGUGUUUGAUGCCGUUACGGGCAUCAAAAAAUCCGAAAAAAUAGUGCUUAAAAGGCAGUCUGGUUUUAUUCCGGUCAUAACCAACCAGAAAAUAUUGUGUUUGUGUUAUUGCCGCAAAUGCAACACGCUAGAUGUGGUGGAUUCUUGCAAAGUUCGGUGUCUGGUUGCAGACGGUAUCUUGUAUCACUAAUGAAGAGCGUUUGGUCUUCCCCAGAGUCUGUUUGGACAUUAUUGAGAAGUGGUUGUGUGUUUUCCUAUUUAGCGAGAGGAGAUACUAUACCAAGAACUUAUUAUUAUAACCAGUCAAAAAUAUCUCGAAAUUGGAUGUUUUGCGGUUUAAAGAGCAUCAUUUUGUGAUAUAGUUUAGAUCUGUAGUUCGCAGAAACAAACUAACAGAGUUAAUCAUCCAAACGAGUGAGAUGAUUCUGUUGUAUUAUAUCUGCAUGUGGUCUGUGAUUGUUAGCUAGCUAACUUGUUUUCUUUUUCUUUGGUUUUUCACCAAAAAAAAUGAAAGUAACUAAAAAGCGCAGAAUAUGCUUCUUUGUGUUUUCUUUCUGUUCGUCCGAAUUUUCUUUAUUACUGUCCUGAAAUGUCAAAUUGUGUUUUAUGAAUGUGUUUUAAUUUAUUUGUAGUUUGCCAAAAUGACGAUUUUGAAGCAUGUUGCAGGCAUUGUCACUGAUGAUAAAAGAGAAAGAAAAUAAAUUAAAAAUAUAAUAUAUGUACCUGAAUGGAACGGAGUCUGGUAUAUGUAGUGACCUCAGGCUUUCACGGGGUGAAAGGUGAAACUACGGGACAAUGUGUUUUCUGCACUGCAUAAACAUCAUGCCAGGAUGUGGUGAGAGCAAAACCAAACAGGAAUGUGCAAUAAAAGCUGUAGGCUGAUUCCACCCUGCAGAAAGAUUUUGUGUUUGUCU